UCAGCAUCAGAUGAGGGCCACAGUAAGGAUCACAUGCUGUGGACUGUUAGUUCACAAAGGUCUGCAGUUAGGCUGCUGUGGAAGAGAUAGGCAGACCACCUAAGCCCGCCUGUUGCUGCCUUUGAUGGUCCCCAUGGGACAUUCAAUGAUGUGACCAGGAAAGAACUCCAACAAAUAGGAAGAUAAAGGCCAUCCAACAGAAAAAAAAAUCAUUUCUUUCCUUGAUUCCUGUCAUGCUUCCCAUCACUUUGUGUCUGGUAUCUCAGUGAGAAAAAAAAAUGUACCGAUUUCACACCAAAAGAGUGAAGGCUGCUGCUGAACGUGUGUGGACUUCAAAUCUCCACAAGAUCAGGCGAUCUCUUAAAAAUGUUUACCAGAAAUGUAAGACCCAGUGCUCAUAUUCAACUAGCCACCCAGCCAUGGAUUCUUACGACUGUGACCAGGAUGUUCUCAGUUUGAAUGAAGAAAUGAAUCUAACAGUGAUGCUCCAAGACAUCAAAGUGGGACAAACAGAACUCCUCAGCCAAAUGACUGAUAUUGUCAGUGCAAUAUCACAUAUCCAGGAUAAGACUGACCAUUAUCAGAAUCAGAUGGAAGUUCUAGAGACCAGAAUAAACAUUAACGAAGACAGACAAAUCUUAGCCACCAAAGACAUCCUCUCGAUGAGGGAAGACAUCGACGCUCUGAAGAAGAAGGUGAAGGAACUGGAAAGACAGAAUUCUUACUCCAGCAUACGCUGCCUGGAGGUUCUGGAGGGACAAAAGGGUAAAGAAAUUGUACAACUGUUCCAUAAGCUCCUACCACCAGACAUCCCAAAGGACACAGACACUGAAAGCUCUUCAACAGAAUCAGGAAGGGUGCCUAGUUAUCCAGAACCCACUGGUCCGAUUAAGGAAAAUACAGUGUCUUCUCAAAUUAAAUAUCUGAAGAAAAAUAACAGCCUUCGGAAUGCAUCCGUGAGUUGUAAAAAGGUAAGGUCAAAUAUUUAUAUUUACCCUGACUUCAGUACAUGGAUCAAGCUCACUUUUGUUCAUGGAGGAAAAUGGAGGUUUUUCCUCAAUGCCACCAAGUUAGAGGAAUUUGUCCAGUGGCUUCUGUCUAGGCCAGCCAUCCUUCCUGAGGAACCACAAAUAAUAUCCAGGAGAGACCGUGCCUUCACUGGACUCAUUGAAAACUUGACCACAAUCUGUCUUUCUCUUUUCAACUAUGUUUACUGCCUUUUUGGCUCCUCAAAACAGGAAAUAACUCGUCUUUAGAGUUAUUUUCUGCUUGGCUCAGUACAAAAUAAA